AAAAUCAGCAUAUGACACACGGUUUUCAAAAUGGCUGACUUGCUACCGACUGAAUUUGAUGUGGUGAUUCUUGGGACAGGGCUACAAGAAUCCAUUAUUGCAGCAGCAUGUUCCAGAAUAGGACAACGUGUUCUACACAUUGACAGGAAGACAUAUUAUGCAGGAGACUGGGCAAGUUUUACUUUCUCUGGUUUACUGUCAUGGAUUGAAGAAUGCAAGCAAGAGUCCAGCAGUGGAGAGGAGACAGGCUGGCAGGACCAAUUACAGGAAUCGGAAGAAGUUCUAUUACUAUGUAGCAGGAACAAAUCCGUACAAAAUAUUGAAGUAUUGUCUUAUGUCAGUCAGGAUUCUGAUGAUGACCUGGAAGUGGGUGCUUUGGAAAUGAAACAAGCUGCUGCUAUAUGUAAGGAAGGAGAAGAAACUGUACCAGUAGUAAAUGAAGGAGAGGGCUGUGACAUUCACCAUGGCCCUAGUGAUGGAGACAGUAAACCCACAGGACAACUCGAGAACAGAGCAUCAGAUACACCACCUUAUGAUGAAACUGUACCAGCAGUGCCUGAAGAAGGCAAUCUUGAUUCCACUUCCUCCUCGGCUUUGGAGUCUGACACUGUUAAAGAGACAGUACAAGGUUCUGAUUUGCCACCUAUGCAAGAAGUAUGCAUCCAAGAACCAAAGAAAGUAAAAAUUACUUAUUCUAAGAUAGUGAAAGAAGGCAGACGAUUCAACAUUGAUUUAGUGUCAAAGUUCCUGUUUUCUCGUGGGUCACUAGUGGAUCUGCUUAUUAAAUCAAAUGUCAGUCGAUAUGCAGAAUUCAAGAAUGUUACACGAAUCCUCACCUAUCAAAAUGGGCAAGUGGAGCAGGUACCUUGCUCCAGAGCAGAUGUCUUUGCUAGCAAGCAGCUCAGUGUGGUGGAGAAGAGGAUGCUGAUGAAGUUUCUAACAUUCUGUAUGGACUAUGAGCAGCACCCAGAGGAAUACCUUGAUUUUAAAGAUGGCAAAUUCUCUGAAUUCCUUAAAACAAAAAAGUUAACCGCCAGCCUUCACCACUUUAUCCAACAUUCUAUUGCUAUGGUUUCUGAUGCUGCCAGUACAAUAGAAGGCCUUAAAGCAACACAGCAUUUCUUAAAUUGUCUUGGACGCUACGGCAACACCCCUUUUUUAUUCCCUUUGUAUGGCCUUGGAGAAAUACCACAGUGCUUUUGCAGAAUGUGUGCUGUUUUUGGUGGAACCUAUUGCCUUCGCCACUCAGUGGAAUGUCUGGUGGUUGAUAAAGAAUCCAAAAGAUGUAAAGCAGUCAUUGAUGGCCGUGGCCAGAGAAUAAGCUGUGAAAAUGUUAUUGUUGAAGAGGGCUACCUUCCACAGGAGUGUUGCAAGCAUGUCCAGUACCAACAGAUCUCCAGGGCCGUACUUAUCACAGACCGAUCCGUGUUGAAGGCCGAAACAGAUCAACAGAUCUCUAUUUUAACGGUACCUCCUUUUGAGCCUGGGCAGCCCACAGUCCGAGUGAUUGAACUGUGUUCCUCAACAAUGACAUGUAUGCCAGGCACAUAUUUAGUCCAUCUAACCUGUGUGUCAAGAAGAUCUGCUAGAGAAGAUUUAGCACCUGUGGUAUCUAAACUGUUUGUCCAGGACCUUAAACAAGAAAAUGUCACAUGUGGUGAAGAAGAAGAGGAGAAGCCUCAUGUUUUGUGGGCACUUUAUUUUAAUAUGAGAGAUUCAUCGAGUGUUGUCAAGAGAGCUUAUGCAGACUUGCCUGUUAAUGUUUAUCCGUGUUCUGGCCCAGAUUCAGCACUUGACUGUGAUCAUACUGUUAGCGAGGCAAAAUCCAUCUUUGAACAACUCUUUCCUGGUGAAGAAUUCUGUCCACCAGCACCCAACCCUGAAGAUAUUAUCUAUGAUGGAGAAGGUGGACCACCAAGGGAUGCUGGAUUUGGGUCUCCAGCCACAGCUGAACCAUCAGAGGAAAUAAAUGCAGAGAUCUCAGCAGGGGACCAGAGCACCAAAGAAGCGGAAACAGAAUGUAGCACAAAGGCAAGUCAAGGAGAAGAUGACACACCUGAAUCAUCAUCUCCCAAGCAGGAAGAAAAUGACCCCCCUGAUUCAGUAAAUGAUGAGCAGCCUGAAGAUUCUCAGUAAAUGCACUGAUUAAAUGAGGGCUACCCAAAUCUUUUUCAUUUACCUUUUAUCAAUGGCAAACGUCCUGCACUAUCUCAUUUACUUGCUAAGGCAAUAUGAAGACCUUUUAGAUCUUUUCUCAUGAACAGUCGCUCAUUGUACACAGACUGGUACCAGAUAUAACAGAAGGCCUGUUUAAUGCAUUCACAUUCAAAAUUAUAAUUCUUUAAGUAUUUGUCAGUUCCCAGUAUGGGGGGGGGGGUAUUGGUCUGACAGCCCAGUCACUGACCUGCCACUGCUAAACACCAGAGAGACAUUUUUAAAUAGUAAACAUUUUUUCCUGUGGUAGAUAAACUUGUUUGCAAUGUUUUAAUGCUUCAUUGUAUUGUCUUCUCAAUCUUUACAAUAGUUUUUCCCCACUUGAAAGAUCAUUUUCAUGUGCUGUUUAAAUUUGGAUAUGGGUGAACAUUUUUGUAUUUUGUAACCUGACAUUUUCAUUCAUGUCUCCACAUUUUAUACUGCCCAUUUAUAGCAGCAUAUUGAUCUUGGACAUUAGGUUAAGUGACUUGAAAAUCUCAGUGGUUUCUAAAGUGGUUUUAAAUAAAUUUAAUUUUGUCGCA